AUGGCAUCGCUUGCUCUCCGUGCUGCCUUCUUCCUGUCCUUUGUCCCCUCCCUCGUCAUUGGUCAGGCAUCUCUUAAUACCACGGCCAUCCCACUUCCUGUUCCGGAAGGACCAUAUACUUCCACAAUUACACUUGUAGUCAGCUAUUAUGAGCCAUAUCUUAGGGAGGAUUGUGCUAGCAUUGGCGAAAUCGACUACAUGCCAGCUGCCGUGGCAAAGUGGUUCAAUGAGAACGAUCUCCCAAGCCCUGAUUUGACAACAUUCUCUCAACUCAAAUUUCCGAUAUUUGCCUUGAAGCACCAACCACCAAGCCUGAUACGCCUCUUCUCAUCUGGACUGGUGGUUUCUAUACCAGUCGUCUCCAAUCAUCCGUAUGAUGCAGCAAUUGUGGAAUUUCUAGAUGGAACCAUCAUCUACAGUGCGUACGCCAGCGGAGCCCCAACUGACGCGACUAGCGCGUAUCUCCAAAGUAUCCGUGUCAAAGACAUUGAGUUCGUCACGGGUGUAUAUUCGGAAACUUCUGAGGUUGUUGGUCUAUACGGACAUUCCUUGGGAGCCUCAUCUCAGACCGCUGUAUUGCAAGCAGACACAACAGGCAAAUACGUGGCAGGUUGCAACUUGGACGGUAAAUUGCAACCCCCUGUUGGGCCAACUGGACUCGGUAACUCAUCUGAGAUCAAAAAAUCUUACAUGUUCUUUGCACAUGAUAAUCACACUAUUGCUAGUGACCCAUCAUGGACUGCAUUCUGGAACACGACGGAUCUUUUGACUCCAAAAGAUCCUAGGGUAUCUCUUGAACUCCCCAAGACAAUUCAUAACUCAUUCACUGAUCUACCGUUUGUUAUCGAUGUGGCUGGCGUUCGAUCAGUCAAUGAAUCUUACUUCGAGACACUCAUUGAUACUAUUGAUGGACCUCGUGAGAUUCACGGCAUUACCUCGUAUGUUCGUGAGUUCUUCGAUUGGACUCUCAAAGGUAUCGAGACGCAUCCACUUUUAGAUGCGUCGAAUAGCUCUUUCCCAGAUGUUCUUUUCGUUCGAAAGGCUGGUUAUUAG